CACCCCCGCUCAGAAAAUCUUUCUAACAUUUAUACCUUUUCGCACAUGCGAAAUGUGAAUCUCUCUCUCUCUCUCUCUCUCUCUCUCUCUCUUUUCGUCGAAUCGUUGUUCUAAUCUCUGCACAUCCUCAGCGCAAACGAUCAUGGACUCGAUCUUUUUCGCUGAUCAUCACGUCGUGGCCCCAUUUUCCGGUACCAUCUCCGCCGUCCACCACCACUAUUUUCCGUGCACCCUCUCCUGUCACAACCGUAUUUCUUUUCCUCGCCGCCGACGGCACGUCUCUGCCGGUUGCCCACCACGUCGGUUGUUAGCUCUUCCCUCUGCGGCCGCUGGCUUGACCAAUUCCAUGCCGCCAAGAGAAGGAACAUAUACAGUUGGUGACUUUAUGACAAAGAGAGAGGAUUUACAUGCUGUAAAGACUACAACAACUGUUGAUGAAGCCCUGGAGACUCUUGUGGAGAAAAGAAUUACCGGCUUUCCUGUGAUUGAUGAAGAUUGGAAAUUGGUUGGUGUUGUUUCAGAUUAUGACUUGUUAGCUCUUGACUCCAUCUCAGGUGGGGCUCAAGCUGACACAAACCUGUUUCCUGAUGUCGAUAGUACUUGGAAAACAUUCAAUGAGAUUCAGAAACUGCUUGGCAAAACCAAUGGGAAAGUUGUUGGCGACUUGAUGACACCUGCUCCGCUUGUUGUUCGUGAAACUACCAACCUUGAGGAUGCUGUGAGGUUGUUGCUAGAGACAAAAUACCGUCGACUGCCAGUUGUAGAUGGUGAUGGCAAGCUGGUUGGAAUUAUUACAAGGGGAAAUGUCGUCAGAGCUGCUCUUAAGAUCAAACGAGCUUUUGAGAAGAUGCCAUAGUUCCAAGAUCAGAUGAUUCGAGAUCACUGAAGCAUAUCAGAUUUUUUCAUUUUGUGGUUCCUGGUACAUUGUUGGGCCAAUUCUAUCAUCAACUGGAUGGAGGUAAUUGAUUCUUAUUCCGGGUAAGUUACCCGGCCGACUACAUCAAUUUCUGAUAUGUGAGAUUGAUCUCUGAUUGCCGGGAACUCUCUUGUUACAGUAUCUUGACUCUCUAGAUUAGUUAUUUAAAUGGCAGUAAAUAUCCAUGAUAAAAAUUGAGAAAGUUUGGAUGAGAUUGGAGUUAGCUAAGCAGCAGUUCUUGAGCACAAUUUUGUAUCAUAUUUAUUGGCUUGUACACGAUGACCACGUAACUACCGUAUGAAUAAGCUUUAGUUAUAGUGUAGUAAAGUGCCAGUUUUUGGAGCUGAAUGUGUGAACUUAUGUGCUAAAGAAAUUUUCGUGCCUUAUCAGAAUGAUGUGUCAUGCAUACGGCAGUGAAGUCCUGGACAAGAGGUGAAUAAUUU